UCUCACAAUAAAGAGUCAGGUGAGCACUGGAGUACCAAAAUCUAUACAGGUGUGAUUAGAUAGUUUUAUUUCUUUGUAUUCCUAUCAUCCUGGUUUCUUCCGGCUUACCUUAAUCAUAACGGUAACCGAGUUUGGAAGUGAAUAAGCAGGCAUUAAAUCCACAUAUACCAUUCGAAUAAGAAUCGAAGGCCUUAAUGGCUAAUGCGUGAGAUACUAGCGCUAAACGAUCAUUUGCCCCGCCGUAAAACCAUAGUUCUGUCUCUUUUUUGCCCUAUUUUCUGUUUUGCUCCCAUUCGUCAAAAUUUCGGCGCUAAUAAUUUCGUAUAUAAGAGAGGACACAUCCUCUUGCAAUCACCUAGUGCUUUCGUAGAUCAGCAAGAAGUAACUCGUACAGUCAUGGCAUCCAAGACAAUUCAACUUUUUACCUUGUGUGUUUUGGCCCUUGCAGUCGAACAAGUUGUGUGCGUCGGUGUACGAGUCAAAUCGUUGAAAGUGAAAAGCAGACCCAACGAUUACUUCGGAGAAAUCGUCACGAAGCUGAGGUACGAAAAUGAAGAUUGUUACAUAUCGGUCAGGGUACCGGUAAAAAGUCAAUUGGACGAGCGAUUCCAGGUGAGGGGAAAUUUACAAUUCCAUGGAUUACCGAUACUGAGAAAUCAAGUGAACACCCUCUGCGAAGCUCUCGACGAGAAAGGAUUCUUCAAACCGAUCGUUGAUAAAAUUCAACCAAAAAACAAAUUCCCUGGAGGAUGUCCCAUUGCUGCUGGAAACUACACGAUAAGUAACUACGUGAUCAACAUGGCUGACUAUAUUCCAGUUGGACUGAUACCAUCGGGUAAAUUCGAAGCUAACUUUUUGAUCGGACAAAUGGGUUCGUCUCCCAUCGUCUCGAUCGCAGUUACAGGAAGUGUAAUAGCCGAGCGGACGGGCUUGACCUCUUUCUUCAAUUUCUUCGAUACGGCAUAAAAAUUAUUACAAUUGUGAUCAUAAGUGUUCCUAUUACCGCUGGUAUGAAUGUUAGAUAUAAUCGGUAUGAAUAUGCGGUUAUCCAAUUGUAUUACUAAUUUUAAUUGACG